GUAUUGAUGGACUUAUCUGGGCAACUGAUAAAUACACUAUUUAAAGCUACUACAGUUUUGUUCAAUCGGUCAGUUUCGAUUGAGAUACCAAUCACAAUGAAGUUCGUGGCACUAGUUGUGGCAGUUCUGCUGCCGAUAGCCUUUGCCGAUGUAAUCCCGGUUUUGAAAUGUGGUGAGAACGUGCCGGAACCGGUCGCAGUCAACAUCGAAGGAUGUAGCCAAAUUCCCUGUGAACUGGGCCGUGGUAAGGACGCGGUCGCUCUGGUGGACUUCACCGUCGGUUCCCCGGUGACGGCUUUGAAACCGUUGGUUCAUGCCAAGGCCCUGGGAGUUACGGUACCAUUUGUGCUGCCCGAGGAUCGCCAGGACGCCUGCCAGUGGCUCCAGGGUACUCGCUGUCCGCUGUCCGCCCAGGAAGAUGUUCGAUACGAGCUGCGAUUGCCGGUGCAGCAGGCCUAUCCGGCCAUUGCCGUCGAGGUGGAGCUGAAGCUGGUAGAUCAGGACGAACAGGUCGUCAGCUGUUUCAAGGUGCAGGCCAAGGUGGUGUGAUUAAUGUUUAAGUGAUAAGUUAGGUUUUCGAAAAAAAAAAAAACAGUGAUAAACAUUGAAAAA